GUCGGCCGCCUCAGUUAGGAGAAGAAGUGAAUAUUGUUUCUCAAAAGCGCAGUUAGGAGCAGGACGUUGUAUUGGUUACAUUUCAUAACAAUACAUAGUUAAAUAUCUAAUCAUGCCAGCCGGUAAAUGUCUCAGGAGAAGGAAAGAGUCUUCUGAUGAAGAGGAAUCUGACGACGUAACUGCUGAAGUUCGGUCUAAACUUGAAGAAGCAAAAGAGCUUCAGAAUUUACGGAAGAGGCAGAAAGGUGUGAGUUUAGCAUCAUUACUUGUGGGAGAGAAGCUACCACUGGAAGCAGAGAUCGAGGAUGAUCCAUUUAAGCUCAAGACAGGAGGUAUUGUGGACAUGAAAAAAGUGAAAGACAGAGCCAUAGAUACCAGUACAGAGGAUGAUCUGAACUUGGGAACUGCUUUCUCUGCUGAAACAAACAGACGAGAUGAAGAUGCAGACAUGAUGAAGUACAUCGAAACAGAGCUGAAAAAGAAGAAGGGAUUAUUGGAGGCAGUGGAACAGAAGGUGAAAAUGAAGAACGCCGAGGAUCAACUGUAUGAGCUGCCCGAGAACAUCCGCGUCAAUUCUGCUGAAAAGACAGAAGAGAUGUUGUCUAAUCAGAUGCUUAGCGGCAUCCCAGAAGUGGACUUGGGAAUCGACGCAAAGAUAAAGAACAUAAUCAGUACAGAGGAUGCCAAAGCGAAGCUGAUUGCUGAGCAGAGGAACAAGAAGAAAGACAGCGGUACCUCAUUUGUUCCCACUAACAUCGCCGUGAACUACGUCCAGCAUAAUCGCUUCUACCAUGAAGACGUUAACGCACCUCAUAGACGGCACAGAGAAGAGCCUAAAUCACGACCACUGCGUGUUGGAGACACUGAGAAACCAGCACCGGAAAGUAAAUCACCACCCAACUACCGCAAGAGACCGAACAACGAGAAGGCCACAGAUGACUAUCAUUACGAGAAAUUCAAGAAGAUGAACCGAAGAUACUGAUUCCUUUUUUUUUUUUUUAAAUCACCCUUGAUGCUAAAAUUGUGCACCCGAUAGAUACCAUUUUACCACCUGGAUAAAUUAUUUCUGAAUCCUCAGGAGCUGGUGGGGCAAUUAGCAAGUUUCUUAUUCAACAGCUGGCAAGGAAAGAACAUUGAAUUAUGACCUCAUGAAAUGCAGUCAACCAAAAUAUGUUAAAGCAUGACAAGACAAUAAAGGUGUCAACAGCUCAGUGGAAGGUUUUGGCUGUAGUUUGAGAACCCGAGUGACAUGGUGGUGCAGAGAGAAGCACUGUUCCCUCACAGCUCCAGAGUUUUAUCUUUGUCUUUAUGUCUCUCUGGAGUUGGACCUGAUCUCUGGUCUCCUCCCAUCUGACCAAAAAAUAUGCCAGUAGGCAUAUCGAUGUUGCCCCAAGGGUGGGUGUGUGUGCGUGUGUUUGUGUGCGUGUUUCCGUGUGUGUGUGUUUCCGUUUCCCAUCCAUCCAGGUACUCCAGGCUCACAUCCAGCGUUCCUGAGAUUCCUGCUUAAACUGCAUCUUUAAAAUUUAAUUUGGACAUUAUAUAAAAAAAAAAAAAACUUAGUUGUACUAUUUCAGUGUGCGCUUGUUUGUUAUAAACUGUGAACAUUUAAUAUACCUACAUCAGCUUUCCUAGUAAAUAAAACUUCAGAAACGUAUUACUUUGUCAAACCAUUUUAUUCAUAGUGGAUGGAACAAGCAGAAAAAUUACACAAAUGACUGAGAUUCUAUGUGCUGAAGUAUCAAGUAAAAGGACAAAAAAAAAAAAAAAAGAA